CCCGAUAUGGGAUCGCCGAGACCAAGUAAUAUAAAUACUACGCAUGAAACACCCUUUUCCUUGUUCAGUUGGACACUCAAAUUGAAUUGUCUAUCCUUCUACCAUUGCAGCCACAGGUCUUAAAUAUGUAUGAGAAAAAGCAAGACGAGAUUUCACCCUCCGAAACAUACCACAUCGACUAUAUCGAGAAAGAUCAGGGUCCCGAUCAAGAUGCUGUUUUUGGAGAGAUCACCGAGGAGGGUCCGAAUUAUCGCAAUGUAGGAUGGCUGGGAACCACAGCCCUCAUGAUGAAGACCCAGAUCGGUCUGGGUGUUCUUUCGAUCCCAUUAGCCUUCGAUACCCUCGGUCUGAUCCCGGGAGUCAUAGUCCUCUGCGCUAUUGCGACGAUUACAACAUGGUCCGACUAUAUUGUGGGUGUCUUCAAGCUUGCCCACCGGGAAGUCUAUGGAAUUGAUGACACGGGAGCACUCAUGUUUGGGUAUCCCGGUCGGGUAAUAUUUGGGGGGGCAUUCUGCCUUUAUUGGAUUUUUGUAGCUGGCUCUGGAAUGCUUGGAAUCUCUAUCUCCCUCAAUGCAGUCUCCACCCACGGCGCUUGUACGGCCAUCUUCGUGGCUGUCGCCGCUGUCGCGGGCUUCAUGCUUGCUAGCAUUCAAACCCUAGGUCGUAUCAGCUGGAUCGCAUGGGUGGGACUGUUCGGUAUUCUUUCAGCGAUCUUCAUCGUCACGAUUGCUGUCGGAAUACAGGAUCGCCCAUAUGCAGCGCCACAAGACGGCGUCUGGGUCUCAGACUAUAAGCUCUUUGCUAGCCCGACCUUUACACAAGCGAUCACUGCCGUGUCCUCGAUCGUCUUUGCCUAUGCUGGUACCCCGGCCUUCUUCUCAAUCGUUUCCGAGAUGCGCGAGCCCCGCCAUUAUACGCGGUCCCUAGUGAUUUGCCAGUCAGUGGUUACUGCGGUCUAUGUUUCCAUUGGCUGCGUUGUAUACUAUUACUGUGGAUCUUAUGUUGCUUCACCAGCCCUGGGCUCCGCUGGUCCGACUGUGAAGAAAGUCAGCUAUGGCUUUGCGCUACCAGGUCUGAUGACGACCACUCUACUUGUCAUCCAUUUGCCAGCCAAGUAUAUUUUUAUCCGCCUCUUACAAGGCUCGAAGCACCUUACUGGGAACACUAUGAUCCACUGGGUGACCUGGCUCAGCUGCACUUCGGGUGUCGCUCUCGUCGCAUAUAUUAUUGCCAGCGCUAUUCCCGUGUUCAAUGACCUGGUGUCCCUGGUUGGUGCCCUCCUGGGCACAAUGAUGUCCUUCCAACCUAUGGGCUGCAUGUGGUUAUAUGAUAACUGGAGUAAGGGUAAGAUUAGUAAGUCGCCCAAGUGGAUCCUCAUGGUCUGCUGGAGUGGCUUUGUUAUUGUGUCUGGCACCUUUUUGAUGGUCGGCGGUACGUACGGAUCGGUUGUUUCCAUCAUGGACAGUUAUAAGAAGUCCGGUGGGUCGGCAGCCUGGUCUUGCGCUGAUAAUUCUAACUCGACUUAACCGAUAUAAAUCUCGAAUCCUAA